GCAGGAUACCACAGAGGCAUUCUACAGCCCCGCGACCACUCUAGACGAGGCCUUCCUUCGACUGGCAGUGCCAAAAUCGCCUCCUCCUCAGUCUACGUCCGGAUCGUCCGUUCCAUCACGCCAUCGUUCCAUCCGCUCCCGCGAGCUAGCCCACCCGUCCCGAAUCCACUGCCGCCGCGCACUUUCACGCUCGCCCACGACGCCCUCGAUGCCCUCCCUCUCGUAGCCCUGCGCUUCCCUCGAUUAUGUUUGCCCGCACGAGUUUUCUGAUCCCUCAGCACAUGGCGUGUACUUGCGACCAAAUAUCCCAAUAACACUCGAGCCGGUCAAUGGCCCCCGGUUGAAGCACCACAAUGGCCCUACCCACUCUUCAGUUCCUCGCGGGGCUCUUGCUCCUAAUAUACCUUCUCUCCUUUGUUCUUUUCGCCUUUAUACGCAUCGCCACGGGCAUCUCUAUCCAACGGCUAGGCCCUAGAGGCUUGCGACGCAUCGCUUUUACCCCCAAGGAUGGUCUGCGCAUCGAGAUUCGUGGCCUUGGCUUUAGCCUCCACCGGCCCACCUUUGCCCGGCCAACCAUUGCCAGCAUCGUCCUGGACGAGCUCAAAGUAACUGUUGACCUGAAAGCGCUUGGUGAGAGGCCACGGAAGAGGGCGGGUUGGACACAGUGGACCAACGGGACUACAAAUACGGGCAAGAACGGUCAUCCCCCCUCCGACGAAGCCACCCCUGGCGAUACGACCGACGACGAGACACCAAGAAGCCUGACGUGGAAGCGGUUGACGGAUGCCAAGGAGAAGAUCAAGCGUCUCCAUCGCAACAUUCAUUGGCUGUGCCAGGUUGAUUUGGUAGCCAAUGCGUCCUCUCUUGUCAUUGUCGACGUGGGAUCGGUACACGUCGGGGGCUUGCACUUGGCCGUCGACACCAGACGCAAGACUGUCGACCGCAAUAGGCUUUUCAAUCACCACAAAGCCAAGCCCGAUAAAGAACAAAGACCUGCUGAAUGGCUCUUGACUGCUCGCAGUAUACUCUUUACCCCCGAGGGCAGAGAAUCAAUAGAGUUGCUCGAUGGCUUCACCCUGAACAUCCAUGGCUUCCUUAAGAAGGAGCUUGAAGGUCUGCGUGAUGCCUCCAUCGCUCUCAAACUCGGCCGUCUCAACAUCCCGUACGACGAUAUCAAGCUGUGCGUGGACAGAGCCCAAAAGUGCCGCGCCACUACCGCCCAGAAACCGUCCCGUGUCAGUCCAACAGACACUGCCCUCAUGCAUGUUACCGAAGAAAGUGAUGGCCCUGGCAACCGCGAAGAAACGCUAGCCCGUACCGUUUCUGACUCUCGUGAAUUCGCCAGCUCCAUUCUUCGCGGCAUACACGAGUUUCAGUUCGCCGUUGGCUUCCUCGGCCUUACAAAAGAGAUUGAGACUGGCCAAAAAUCAGAGCCUCCUGUUUAUCUCAACCUCUCCAUGAAAGAAGUCGGCAUGGACCUGCUUCGCUUAGACCCUCGCAGCCCUGCACAUCGCAUGUACUUUUCCCCCAAUGACAUUGCACAUCAAGCUCUCCUUGCUGCCAUAUCCAUAUCCAUCGGCAUCGACAAUAGUGACGGUCAGUGCGAUCGUCUUCUCUACAUUCCCAUGGCGACGACUACGCUGAACACAACUUUACCUUCUAAAACCAUCCAUCUCUCCAAUGACAAGGACAGUGCAGAGCGCAAUACCAAUAUUUUAUUUGCUAAUCUAGUCGUCACAUCCCCAUCGCUAGACCUUGACCCUAAACAUCUCCCGCUCCUUGUGGCUAUUUUCCACAACUACGAGUCACGUCGAAAGCCGCAAAGAGUGAGGAGUCGCAAGCCCUUCUUGUUCCGUCGUCUUCUACCAAAAGCAAACAUCAAAAUUUCGAUUCACGAGCCCGUCAUUCGAGUCACUCUUCCACCGAUGGACAUCAGUAAGCGCGACACUGACGAGUUCGACCUUCUCAUCUCAGCGUCAUCUUCCAUAUCUCUGGACAUGGAGUCAUCCCAUGCUGCAGGCGGCGACUUGCACUAUGCGCUCAGCUCGACUUUCCGCAUGAAUGCGCAGCAGUUGUAUUAUCAAACAGCCGCUGUCGAGAAACAUGACCUGCUAUUGACGGACUAUCUUGAAGUGAAGGUACAAAUGAGCGCUGCUCCGGAUCCAGUGGUUGAAGUAUGGGGCACAGCGCAAACAUUCUCUCUCUGUUUAGUCCGGCCUGAAAUCAGUGAGGGACUGCGCCAGAUCGUCACACAGAUGCAGAAAAAUAUGGGCAGUAGGCGUAACGGACUCAAGCAGAGAGAAUUGAACGUGCUGCGAAGGUUGCCCAUGUGGAUGGCCUACGUGCAUCUUCAAGGAUCAGACUUCAAUGUCGAAGUAGCCGGUGUAGACCCCGCGGUAUCAAAACACAGCCGUGGAAUCGCUCUGCAUUUGGAAUCGUGGACAACAGAGUACAAGCAAGAUCGAGGAGAUGACAUGGAUCUUAAGCCUAUUAGACGGCGUGCUCCAAGUCGAACAAUCAAUCGAGAUGAUCAUAUACUUCGAUCACCUCCUGCUACCCCGAAAUCACCCAAGAGAUCUUCGGGCAAUCCAACUGAUGGCAGACGUGUUGCUAUACAUUUCAACGGCCUGGAAGGAGUCGUCAUCGAGGAAGACGACCAAUCGGAACAGGAGCCAACAUUGUCAUUACCCCAGAUGGAGAUUGCUUUCAAUGCCCUCUCUGACAAGCAAGGCCCGAUUUUCCACGUUCACAUGUAUUGUCAGAGCUUGUUUCUGCGCUACUCCUUGUACCGCCACUUCGCUUUGUGCAUGGCGAUACAAGUGCUACAGCAAUCCUUCGAUCUGGGUGGGUCAAAGAAGGCGGCAGAGCCUACUACGCCUUUAAGGUCACCGCGGCAUUUGUCCGUACCCUCCCUUGGUGACGAUCUUAUCGAUCCCAUGAGUAAAAUCAACCGCGAGAUCGUAACGGUCGACAUUAAAACUCACUUCCUUCAAAUCAAAGCGGAUAUGCCUGCUGAUCCACCUCUAAUGCUUCAAGUUUAUGGAUUAGAAGCAGGCAAGCAUCGCUGGUCGAGUCCAUUCCUCAGGUCGCGUCUGGUUCGACUCUUUGCCGAGAAUCCAGCCAUCAAGAAGGCUUGGAGUCGAAUUUUUAGUGUCAAGUCAUUGCGUAUGGACUAUCGACAGUCGAAGCUGAGAUAUGGCCAUACCGUCACGGAUGAGAAAUUGUUCGACAUUGCAACGGACGCAAUCAGGAUGGGCGUGCCUCAUCAGCUGGUCAUGCACAAAGUCUUUGACAACAUUGCUAAUGUCAUGAAGACCGGCAAGCAACUGCAUCACCGCUUCAGAACUGGUACCAACGAAUAUGUUCUGGAGAAAGAAGCCGAAGGGCCCAAGGUGGUGCCAAAGAUCUCAUUGCGGAGCCGUGCGGUACUAUUCGAGCUAGAAGACAAUGCUUUUGAAUGGAAACUCGGCACCAUAUACCGUAUUGGGCUGAUGGAGCAGAAACAGAGGCUUGCUCGUGAGCAUGCUUUUGACUUGAAAGUACGAAAGUUACAGGAGGAGCAACGCGGCAACUCGCGUUAUCGUGCAAAGUCAUCCCACGACCCUUCAAGAGGCAAAUUGAAGAAGAAAGAAAAGGACCUAAGGUUCCAUCGGCGCACCAAGAGUGCAGAAUCCAAUGGCAGCAGUUCGCCAGAGCGUGGUCGUUCAGACCAUCCUAUGCGAUAUAAUAAAGACGGGUUUAGUGAAUUAAGUGGAUCACACCGGACCUCCAUCCAAGAUGCGCGGAUAAAGCUCAAUCGUUUGAACGCCCAGACUUGGAAGAAGCGCAUCGACUCUGCAAUGUCGGGUGAGCACCGAGCAAUGAGUGAUCUUCACUCAACGUUUUGGGGCUUGGACGAAUUGCCUGACGACAUUGAACAAAAGGAAACCAUACUAGCUGUUCCUCAACGUCCCGCUCUCAUGUCACUAGCUGUGAGUGAUUUGGAGAUUGUUAUUGAUAAACCCUCUUUCCCCAUUUCAGAGUACCCUCGCUUCUUGAACCGGGUUGGUAAAGGCAUGCCAUUCGAUACACAGUAUGCUUUGUUGAUACCAAUGCAUGUCCAACUCCAAAUGGGGGAAGCCAAAAUACACCUUCGAGACUACCCACUGCCUUUGAUACACUUCCCUGCCAUCGGCAACAUACAAUCAUCACGCCUCCCGAGUGUGUCGAUGAGAACAGAUUUUGUGAUUGCUGAGGAGUUCAGGGAUAUCGAAUCUUCACGUGUCAGUCGAGUUGUCGUUGUACCACCAGAGCGGAACUCAGCAGGAGAGCUUACAGGUGGCUAUGCAGUCGAUGUUCGCCGCACUGUGGCGCCUGUGAAGACUUACUCUGACAUGGCGAUUGACAUCAAUUCUGCAUACCCAACCAGGAUCACCUGGGGAACAUCGUAUCAGCCUGCAAUUCAGGACAUGAUGCAAAUCAUCGAAAACUUCACGAAACCUCCUGUGGAUCCUUCGGAGCGUGUUGGAUUCUGGGACAAGAUCAGACUGACAUUUCACUCUCGAAUCAAUGUCUCGUGGAAAGGCGAUGGGGAUGUUCAUCUCAUUCUCAAAGGUUCGCGGGACCCUUACAUGGUCACUGGCCACGGUGCGGGUUUUGUCAUGUGCUGGCAGAACGAUGUCCAGCUCAGCUUGGCUGAAGACGAAGACCCAAGAAAUUUCAUGGUUGUCAACAGCGGAGGUUACGUACUUGCCAUUCCAGACCUGACCCAUUAUGCUCGCCAGGAGACCGAGACUGAAAUUAAUAUCCGUCCGGACACAGCCUCGAGUGCCUCGAGUCAAAAGAAGCGUGCCGUAUUUAAGAAAACAAUCAUGAAACUGAAUGGCAACGUGCGAUGGGUUGCAGGAUUGGUAUUCGAGCGCAACUUGGAUGACGGCGAACGCUCCUUCAAGUUCAUACCUCAUUACGAGGUCACUCUGAAGAAUCCCGAGUAUGCAAAGUCAUCUGAUGGAAAGGAAUACGACGCUUUCCGAGGGUUCCGUAGUCACCACAUUCACAUGUCCAUCGCUAUCGCUGCUCCCCAUGAUCGAGAAUGGUCCGUUGCUAAUUUGGAGCCAUCGAGGACAUACAACAGCGUCCACCUCUCUCCUCGUUUCUUCACUCAUUUCUACAGCUGGUGGUCCAUGUUCUCUGGGGCCAUGUCAUUGCCCGUGCGUCAAGGCAAGCUUUGGCCCGGAGUAGAAAAGUCGAGCAAGAAGUUUGGGCGACACCUUGCGACCAUCAAGUAUAAUCUCUUAUUGUCGCCAUUGUACAUGAGCCACAUAUAUAAGCACAAGGAUAUGGAGGACCACAGCACAGGUGGUGUUUCCGCCACUGGACUCAAAGCUCGUCUGGACAGCUUCAUGUUUGACUUGCAUCAGCGACGAGAAGAGUUCCGGACCUUGGUUCAAGCACCAGAGGGUCAACAGGAUAGUCGACAAAAUCAAACCACUGGCAUGCGAAUAAACCAGGUCCAGCUUGACUUUAUUCGAACAGACAUCCGUGCCGUGUCUGCAAGUAUCGCUGGAACUGGAUCGGACGAUCUGGACAAUCUGGCCCCAGAUGACUUCAGUAGUCACAAUCAAGAACACCUCACAGCCGAUCUUUCGAAGUUCAAUAUACCAGACAACGAUCUUGGAUGGGUAGACAUGGACGACUUCAUCGAACUGGGCUGGAUCUUGCCUUCGCGUCGACACCCAGAAACUCAAAUCCUACCGCUCGCAUUUGCACCACGCUUCACAUACUUCCGCCAGACCGAUCACAACAACAACAUUUCAGGCGACGAGAAUAGGAAAAGUGCCUUCGGAAACGAACCUACACACCAUUGCGUCAUUUCAGCACGCAAUGAUCCACGACGAGUGCAGUGCCACUUGAUUGAACAACGUAUCGAGCGUGUAAAAGAGCAAAUUGCUCACAACCAACGCACUGUCGACGAUCACGAGCUCAAACUUAUACGUGUAACAUCAGAUGAGCAGCAAGAGACAAAACAACGCCUUGUGACGUUAAAGAACCAUACGCAGUUCCUUCAGCGGAAACUCGAAUUCUUAUCCACAAUGCAUGCGAGUUUGUUGGAACGGUUAGGAGGAGCAUCUUCGGAUAGUACUGCCCGGGAUCCAGAGGCAGAUGGAGAGGACGAAUACUUUGAGGCAGAUGAGGACCCAGAUGCCGCGGACAGGAACAGCAAAGAUUCGAACGUUCCUCCGAACCCGAUCACCGACUCAACAAACGAGUUUAAUAACCGCUUCAUUAUCCACAAUAUACAUUUGAAAUGGAGCAACUCACUGCGCAACAUCAUACUACGUUACAUCCAUCAAGUCAGCCAGCGUCGCGGUUUUGUCUAUUACAUGUCUCGAAGGGCUGUAAAGUUCAUCCUGGACGUUGUAGAAGAGCAAGAGAGAAAUCGAGGACCAUCAAAUCGUUCGACUCAAGAGGCUCCUGUGACUGUCGAAACCGAAGCUGGCCUGAAUAUUGAUGAAGCCAUCGCACAACUGCUGGAUGAUGGCAAGAAGUUUGUCAAUGCCGACGAGGAAGACGCCAAAAACGAAUCUUCUUCUGGAGCUGGAGCAGUGCCAGAAACCGUGCAAGCCAAUGCGUCCAAAACGGAUGAAGAUGUUGCAGACGACUACGUAUCCCAGAACUCGUAUCUUGUGCGUCUCAUCGCACCUCAGAUACAGCUGCAAAGCGAGAAAGACACAAAAUCUGCUGUCCUUGUUACGGCCAAGGGCAUUCAACUCAAGGUGCUUUCGAUCAUGGACAAGGAUCGAGUAAUGGAUGAGGUCUCUGGCCUUGUCCAGCGAAGAUUUAUUACUGCCAUGGACAGCCUGCAGAUCUUUGUGACAAAUUCCAAGACAUUCAGUAGUACUGAAGACAUUCACAUGUACUCUGGAAGCAGCUACGGAUCACCUGCUGGCUCAGCAUGGCCUCCAUGGGUACCAUUUGAAGUCAUGUUUGAGUUCCACACCAAUCCGUUCGGUUUCCAGCGAGUCGUGCAGCGUACCUCGGCCAGUAUGCGAUAUGACAAGUACAAUGCGCUGCGCCUGAAGUACAAUGACGAUGUCUCGGCAGCUGAUUCCGCAUCGUCCACCGACCACGUAGAAAGCAGGAUCGAUCACCUCUGGGUAGACUUUCCACAUGUUCGAGCGAUGUGCGAUUCGAGGCAAUACUACGCCAUGUAUGUUAUUGUGCUUGACCUCUUGCUAUACCAUGAGCCACUGGAAAAGACGCGCAAUGAACGUCUUGAGAAGAUUAUGCUGGCAUCUGAUUUCACCGAUCUUGCUGGUGCGCCGAAACUGGUCAUGGGUCUUCAGGAGCGUAUUCAGCAACUUGAGGAGAUCAAGGCUGUCUUCCAGAUCCAUGAAAAGUACUUGGACAAGCAAGGAUGGGAAGAUCGCAUUGAAGUGGAGAAGGACCUGGCUGUGUAUGAGGACGAGCUAUUCUUCGUCAUGAAAGCCAUCACUACUGCACAGCGCAAGCAAGACGAUCGCUCGCAAACAAGAGAGUCAACAGGUCUCUUGAGAAUUUGUGUCGCAGCCUCUGACAUCGUAUGGCACCUUCUCCGCGAGGGCGCUGAGUCUCUGGCAGAGUUCCAACUCAAGAAUGUGGUGUUUGAUCGAACUGACAACAACGACGGGUCAAACGCAAAUUCGAUGGAGAUUGAGCAGGUCCGUGGUCUGAACCUGCUACCAAACGCACUAUACCCCGAAAUGAUCUCGCCCUUUUUGGAGAAAGACCAAACGCUGCCGGAAAACGCAAAAUGUCUCAAGGUAUACCUUGUAGCCCUGGAAUCAAUUGCCGGAAUACCUGUUGUGGAGCAUUUCGAGGUUGAGCUCUAUCCUCUCAAAGUCCAGUUGGAGUACCAAAUAGGCAAGAAGCUACUUCAAUACGUCUUCCCGACAUCUGGAGACAGCGAUACGACUACACCUUCUCCUCUCUUGCUCAAACAUACCCUGCCGAUCCAGGAUCAGGGGGAUGAUGAUGAUGUCCUUCUUUCAAGUGUACCUCAUAACAUGGGAGCAUCGCUAUCAACCGACGAAGGCGCCGUGGAAUCUCUCAAGCGACGGCUUACUCCGACGCUGCAACUGCCUGCCCCCUCCCAGAAGAAUGAUGUCAAGAAGAGAAGCCCACCAAAGAGACCUAGCAACCACUACUUCCGUUUCUUCCGCGAUAAUCCAUCUCGUAGUGGAACUGAGUUCCGCCGGAAUCUGCAUCCAAACUCGGCGCUGAACAUGCCCACGCCAGGCAGUAACUCUUCUUUGUCCACCACCAGACCAAGCUCCGUCCGAUCUAGCACGACCAACUCCAGUAUAACAUUGAACGAAUCCGAGCGCAGUGGAAAACGCUUUGCACUCUACCGUACCGGCACCGGCAUGAGUAUGGUGGGUAUGGGUGAGAGGAAAGCCAACAAGAAGGAAGCCAGAAACGACGACCUGACGGAGAUGAUGAAUCGUGCAAGUGAAUUCAUGACCUUUGCCUAUAUUAAGGUGCCAUCUAUGGUACUUUGUCUCUCAUAUAAAGGCAAGAGUUCUCGCAACUUGGAAGACGUUCACAAUCUCGUUUUCCGCAUGCCCACAAUUGAGUACCGCAACAAGACAUGGUCGAACUUGGACCUCGUCACGCAACUUAAGAAAGAUGUGUUGCGGGCGCUCCUUUCGCAUGCAGGUACCAUUGUCGGUAACAAGAUAUCGCACCACCGGCCCUCAGCCAAAGCGCAAUCGCGCCUCCGCCAAAUCGCAAACAGCAGCACGCUCCUCACCUCCUCCCCCGACCAAUCCGUCACUGAAUCAAACUCACCACUCGACCAAUCCCCCGGCGCCGUUUCAGACAUCUCCUCUGACGACCGUAUCGUCGGCCGCCGCUCCUUCGCAUCUGGCCGCGCAGGCAGCACUAUCAGUACCGUCUCUGAAGAAGCCUCUUCCUACUUCUCCGCCUCCAAACCACCCUCAACAUCCCAAGCCCGCUCCACCCACGGCUCCAUCAUGGGCGGCCUCUCGACCCACCACAGCCCCGCCGUCGACGUCGAAGACGGGCGCGCCUUUGCUGACGAGCUGUCACGCGUCGAUAACACAGAGCCGAUCCAUGCGAAUCUGAUUCAUAGUCUUAGUCGCCAUAUUGCGGGGGUUAGUUCACCGUUUGCGGGGCAUAUGCGUGCGAGGGCGAAUAGCGGAGCGGCGAGUACGAAGGCGGGGAGUGUGGCGACGGCGUUAAGCAAUGGGAAGGAUAGAGAGGAUGAUGGGGAAGAGGAGUUAGGUGCAGGUGAUGGGCCGAGGACGAAGAAGGCGAAGGCGCUCGGGAAGAAGUUGCUUGGUAGGGGUGGAUAA